UUUCAGAGUUGGCUUGAUUUUAGGCUUGUAGGUUACAUCUACGGAAAGACAAAUGUUGGACUAGCAAAGGCGACCAGACCAUCAUCCUGUCUCACCCUGUGAAAUUGGAGCAUUUCGGUUAUAAUUCGUUGACGCGAAGGAAGCUUCUGUAUUGGGCCGCGGGCGUUUCAGCGUAUCACCGUAUCAAAUAUAGGCCUUACGUUACAUUAGGGUUUACUUUUCUUUAUCUUUUUCCUUCCAUUUUCGCCCUGAUACGACUCGACGGUCGGAUUUCCUUCGCCGGAAUUGUAAUUUCUGUCAGAAACUCCGACCGCGAUCGUUGGGCCUUUCUCUAAGCUCACCUGUAUAUUGGCCCACGUUCAAUCGGUUCUUUAAGGUUUGCAUGCUAGAGAAAUUCAGACAGGACGGUUGAUUGAUCAAAUAACCGAUUCCUCCGUUACGGAGUUCUAAGUUUAUACUCGGGAUGCAUUCCUGUGAUUUUGUUUCGAACAGGAAUCAUUGGUUAUAGAUGAAUCAUCGGGGUUCUUAGACAAUUUGGAGUUUUAAUUGCCACGAAUAGAUUUACUCUGUAAAAUUUUCAUCAAACCGGCGGUGUCUCGCCUCGCCGUCAGGCUCGAUAAAUUAUUAUUUUGUUACUGGAGGUGGACUGAGGGGAUUUUGGUUACAAAUUCAGCUGCAGUUGGUCAUCUUUCCAUUCAGUUAGCUGCAGUUUUAUUGGAGACUUUUGACUCGAUCGUCCUUGCUGUUAUUAUUUGCAGAGGAGGAUAAUUUGUUAUACAGGGUUUUUGAAGGAACACAAGGAUCAGAGGUUGUGUUUCCUUGUGAGCGAGGAUGACUAGUCAUGGAGGUUCUUCCAGAAAAAGCUCGGCUCUCAGUACCUCAUCAUCGCAGGGAAAGAAGAAAGCUUUGGAGAUUGGAGGCCCCGACCCCAGACGGAAAUCUUCUGCUUCAUCUCGUUCCAGUUCCAUAAUGCUAACUGGUGAGCGUACAGUCAAGCGGUUGCGAUUGUCAAGGGCCCUUACAGUACCUGAAAGUACAAAUGUCCAUGAGGCUUGCCGCCGGAUGGCUGCUCGCAGAGUUGAUGCUUUGUUGCUAACUGAUUCAAAUGCUUUACUUUGUGGGAUCUUAACAGACAAGGACAUAGCAACAAGAGUCGUUGCUCGUGAGGUAAAUAUUGAGGAUACACCUGUCUCCAAAGUCAUGACAAGGAACCCAGUUUUUGUUCUUUCAGACACACUAGCUGUGGAGGCUCUGCAGAAGAUGGUGCAAGGAAAAUUUCGACAUUUGCCUGUUGUGGAGAGUGGAGAGGUAAUUGCUUUACUGGAUAUUGCAAAGUGUCUGUAUGAUGCUAUUGCACGAAUGGAAAGGGCUGCUGAGAAAGGAAAGGCCAUUGCGGCUGCUGUAGAAGGAGUGGAAAAACAAUGGGGAACUUCAAUAUCUGGUCCCAAUACUUUCAUUGAAACUCUUCGAGAAAGGAUGUUUAGACCCUCUUUAUCUACAAUCAUUUCUGAGAAUACAAAGGUAGUAACUGUCUCACCUGGUGAGACAGUCUUAACAGCAGCAAAGAAGAUGCUAGAGUACCGGUUAAACUCUGCAAUUGUAAGUGUUGGAAACAAACCACAGGGAAUUCUAACUUCAAAGGAUAUAUUGAUGCGGGUCAUAGCACAAAAUCUUUCUCCAGAAUCAACUCCUGUAGAGAAGGUCAUGACCCCAAAUCCUGAAUGUGCAACAGUGGAUACACCAAUUGUUGAUGCUCUGCACACAAUGCAUGAUGGGAAGUUUUUACACCUUCCUGUUACGGAUCGAGAUGGAAGCAUUGUUGCUGUUAUUGACGUACUUCAUAUUACAAAUGCUGCCAUAGCUACAGUGGGAAGUAAUGGUGGAAUUGGAAAUGAGGCUACGAGCACCAUGAUGCAAAAGUUUUGGGAUUCUGCAAUGGCAUUGGGAUCAGUGGAAGAUGAAGAAGAGACACGAAGUGAGGGAUCCAUAAAACUGCCUUCCGAGGGAACAGACUUAGGGAAGUCUACUUAUCUUUCAUAUGCCCCCCCUAACACGUUCUCAUUCAAGAUUGAAGAUAAAAAGGGUCGGAUGCACAGAUUCAACUGCGAAACACAGAGUUUGACAGAUGUUAUAGCUUGCAUCCUUCAGAGGGUGGGAGAUGACAUCGACCGGAACCAUGUCCCUCAAAUUCUGUAUGAAGAUGAAGACCACGACAAAGUCAUGCUUGCAUCCGAUAGUGAUCUUGGAGCAGCUGUGGAUCAUGCAAGGCAAACUGGUAUGAAGGGUCUAAGGCUGUAUUUAGAUUAUUCAGGCACGGAUGAUCAUAGGAGGGCUGGGUCUGGAAGUUUGAGUUAUGCACACAAGGAUGCAUGGGCUGCUGCAUACAGUACAGUUGCAGCAGGUGCUGCACUUGUAGCAGGACUCGGUGUAAUGGCAUACUUGAAGAGAUCCUGAUUAGAGUGUCAUACAGAGGAAGAAACAUCUUUUGGGCCCACAGAUUACCAAUCUCUUCGACUCCCUAGGGGGGGGGGGGGAGGAAUGGGGAGAUUACAAUACUACAAGACAUGAGGCAAAUGCGUUUCUCCAACGCUAAAUGUGUAUUGAUUUGCGGGAAUGAAUAAUGAUAUUCAGAAGGUUGAACUUGCAUUUAAGGGGAAAAACUUUCCAACUUGCUAUUACCAUUCAAGUAAUUCAUGUUUUUUAUUCUUAAUAAAAGAAACAAUGGACGAUUCUGGUUUAAUCAAUAAAUUGGGUCAAAUCAAUCCAUUUAUAUAUUGAUGAUUGGUGA